AUGCUGAGGUUUCGGAGAGCUCUAGCUUCCUAUUCACGUGACGCUAUGUUGCGAAGGUAUCCGUUGGGUAAAAAAAUUCAUGAUUUCGAGAUCAAAAGAGUUUUACCUGUUCCAGAAUUAAGUUUAACAUGUGUUGAUUUGGUACAUAACAAAACUGGGGCUGAACAUUUGCAUAUUGAUAGAGAUGAUAAGAAUAAUGUAUUCAGUAUUGGUUUCAAAACUAAUCCUCCUGACGCUACCGGUGUCCCACAUAUUUUAGAACAUACGUCUUUAUGCGGGUCUAAGAAGUACCCGGUUCGUGAUCCAUUCUUUAAGAUGCUUAACAGAACGUUAAGCAACUUUAUGAAUGCUAUGACAGGUCACGAUUAUAUCUUUUAUCCGUUUGCUACGACUAACAAAAAGGAUUUUGGAAAUUUGCGGAAGUUGUACCUAGAUGCAACGUUGAAUCCGCUAUUAAAGAAGGAGGAUUUUUUGCAAGAGGGAUGGAGGCUAGAGCACAGUGAUAUGGACAAUAAGAACAGUGAUAUAGUGUUUAAGGGGGUGGUAUACAAUGAGAUGAAGGGCCAGGUAUCUAAUGCUGACUACUACUAUUGGAUCAAGUUCCAGGAAUCGAUUUACCCUUCUCUAAACAAUUCUGGUGGUGAUCCUGAGAAAAUAACAGACUUAAGGUAUGAGGAUCUUGUUAAUUAUCAUAAGCGCCAUUUCCACCCUUCAAAUGCUAAGACUUUUAGCUACGGUAAUAUUUCUGUUGAAGACACUUUGGAGGAGCUCAGCAACGAAUUCCUCAAUUAUAGCAAAAUGGAGCUUAAAAAACAGAAGUUGACUCCAAUUAAUUUAAGCAGUAAUAUCGAAGUUGAGCUACCAUGUCAGCCUGAUCCAAUGCUACCAGUAGAUAAGCAGAAAAGGAUGUCUCUGACAUGGAUUUGCGGUAAGCCAGAGGACACUUACGAGACAUUUUUGCUUAAAAUGCUGGGAAGUCUGUUGUUUGACGGACAUUCAUCUCCCUUCUAUAAGGGCCUGAUUGAAAAGGGCCUUGGAUACAGCUUUUCCGUAAAUACCGGAGUGGAGUCGCAAACCGCGGUUAAUUUCUUAACAGUUGGUGUGAGCGGGUGUGACGAUAUUUCGGAAGUACGCAAGACUAUUCUGGACAUUUUCAACGAAGCCAUUAAAACUCCUUUUGAAAAGGAUAGAAUUGAAGCCAUUAUGCAUCAAAUAGAACUAUCAAAAAAGGAUCAAAAGUCUGAUUUUGGUCUACAGUUGCUAUAUGGAAUUAUACCAGGCUGGGUCAAUAACAUUGAUCCGUUUGAUGCCAUUUCGAUCAAAGCAAUUCUGGACAAAUUUAGAGAACAAUGGUCGAAAGAGGGUGAUAAAUUAUUUAAGGACUUAUUAUUAAAGCAUGUGAUUGAUAAACCGUUCUUCCAAUUCAGUAUGAUAGGUGAAGAGAGCUUCUCAAAAGAAUUGGAGAGCAAAGAACAAAAGCGUUUAGAGGAAAAGAAAAAGACCUUGACGCAAGCUGAAGAAGAACUUAUUUAUGCAAACGGCCUACAUCUACAGAAAUUGCAAAACUCAGAGCAAGAUUUAUCUCUGUUGCCAACCUUGCAUGUCAGUGAUAUCCCCAGGGAAGCUAAUGUCUUCAGUAUUAGUGUCACCGAUAAUAUUAGGAGCCGGAUAACUGACACUAAUGGUAUCACUUAUAUUAGAGGCAAAAGAUCUCUAAAUGACAUUCUACCCUAUGAGCUGUAUCCAUUUUUGCCGCUCUUUGCAGAGUCAUUAACGAGUUUGGGGACCGGCACAGAGGAGUACUACAAAAUAGAAGAGCAGAUUAAAUUGCGCACGGGUGGUAUAAAUGCAGCUAUAUCGGUAACUUCAAAUCCCGUGGAUUGUAGUCCUGAGUUGCAGCUUGAAUUCAGUGGGUGGUCUUUGAACGGCAAUACACAAUAUGUCUUUGACUUGCUCAAAAAGCUUCUCUGUGAUACUAAUUUUGCAAACAAGGAAAAGUUGAAAGUACUGAUUAAAUCGUUAGCCUCGUCUAACACGGCUUCGGUAGCUGAAAGUGGACACAGUUAUGCACGUAGUUAUAGCUCGGCGUACUUUUACCCAUCAAGGGCCAUUAGUGAAUCUCUGUCCGGUGUUGAACAAUUGAAGUUCCACAAUGGACUCACCUCUCUCUUAGAUGAUGAAGAAAGGUUCCAGAAAGAAGUAAGUAGCAAAUUGCAGCAAAUUAAGGACAAAGUUAUCUCUUCUGAUAACAUGAAGUUCAUGGUAACCACAGAUAGCUCCCAGAUGUUGAAUACCCUAAAAUCACAGAUCGAAAAUUUCACUGUUCAAUUACCAAACAGUAUUAAUCACGGCAAUCAACCGCUGACGGCAAGCUUCCCCCUAAUGAGCAAACCGGGGCUUCCUACACUAAUAAAAUUCCCAUUCCAAGUGCACUAUGCAGCCCAAACUCUAAAAGGUGUGCCUUACGUUCACGAAGAUGGAGCUCCUUUACAAGUACUAGCUAACUUGCUUACUUUUAAGCACCUUCAUCGCGAGAUUCGUGAAAAAGGCGGAGCUUAUGGGGGCGGAGCAGCCUAUAGUGCUGUAGAUGGUGUUUUGAACUUCUACUCAUACAGAGAUCCAAAUCCACUAAAUACUCUCUCCACUUUCGAUAACAUUGCUCGCUAUGCGCUGCAGGACUCGCACUGGUCACAAGAUGACCUCAAUGAGGCAAAGCUAACAAUAUUCCAGAAAGUGGACGCUCCUGUUAGCGUUAGAAGCGAGGGCUCGGCUGCGUUCUACUACAAUAUUACUGACGAAAUGAGACAAAAGCGGAGAGAAGGGUUGUUAGAUGUUUCAAUAGAUGAUGUUCACCGUGUAGCAUCCAAAUAUUUGGUUGACAAUCCUCCAACCACAAGGGUAAGUGCUGUUGUUGGUCCAGAGAUCCCUGGAGUGAACUGGCCUGUCACCGAGCUGUAA